AUGCCUACCGAGUCCGAGAUGCGGUCUCGUCGGGACUCGUGGCCCCCGACGCAGAUGCGCCUCAAGCCAACCAUCUCCACCAAGAAGUCCCCGCUGCCUUCGCUGGAGGAUAUCGACGACGAUCCUCUCACCUACUUCCUCACUCCGGCACCGGACAUCGAUGACGAUGACAUGGACAUCGCCAUGAUGGACUUCGAUGCUGGUAUUGAAGACGACAACCAACCACGCGAGAUGAUCCGCAGCGUCAGCCCGUCCACUCUCGACGGCCUCCGCAAGCCGGGUCUCCGCCCCGUGUCUCCCGACACCAGCUCCGAUAUCACCGCCGACGAUGACGACGACGACGAGGACUACAUCCGCUUCUCGCCCAGCCGAGACAGCCUCCUCUCGCUAUACGAUCUCUUCGGCGACGGCACUCGCCCCAAGAGUCCCGCCUUCGGCCAGUCGGCCAACAACACCCACCUCUCGCCGUCGUCCCCGCAGCCCCGGGGUAGGACCCGGGGCCACGGCCCGGCGCGCACCGUGUCGUCGCGGCGCCGUCCGGGCCAGGUGUGGCGCGAGCCCAGCCCUGACGUGUGGUCUAUUGAGGAGGAGACAGAGGAGGAGCUAAUGAGCGACCUGGGCAGCAGCGUCGCGGCACGGAGCGAUGUGGGCGAUGCCGAGGAGGAGCGCAAGGCUGCACGCGCGAAGAAGUCCACGAAGCCGAAGAAGAGGGUCCGCUUUGUGCUGCCGGCCCAGACGGACUAA